GUUGCUAUAGCAAUUUACCAAAAAGAAAGAAAAAUACAAAAAUUGUAUCAAUUAUUCAUGGAUUUUCCUCUACAUUUUAGAUGUCCAAUCUCCAUGGAGCUGAUGAAAGAUCCUGUCACGAUCUCUACCGGUGUUACGUAUGAGAGAAAAAAUAUAGAAAAAUGGUUCUACACUUGCAAGAAGAAAACUUGUCCAACCACAAUGCAAGUUUUACAUAGUUUUGACAUGACACCAAAUCAUACCCUCAAAAGACUCAUACUUGCUUGGCAAAAUGGCAAAUCUCAAUCUCAAUCUCAUGAUGAUGAAUUAUCAAUGAAGCAUCACGACGAGCUCGUAUCGUUGAUCAACACGAUAGAAUCAAGUCCUUUUAAGGUAAGUUCGUUAAAGAAACUCAAGUCAAUUGUUGAAUUAGGUGAUCAUGAUGUAAAAGAUGAUUUCAAGAAAUGUGGUGGAGUUGAGGUUCUUGUUAGGAUUAUUCAACAAAUCUUAAUCGAAAGCUCGGAUUUCGUUACAUUUAGAGCAUGUGAAGAGGCUCUUAGUGUAUUGAUCAAGUUACCAAUUGUGUUAGAAGAGGAGGAAACAAUCAAGACAUUGUUACAACCAGGAUGCAUGAAGUCUAUGGCUAUAAUACUUCAAAGAGGGAGUGAAGAAGCAAGAUUUUGCACCGUUUCGAUAUUGCAAAGGAUUAUGAAAUCAGAUUGUCAAUGGAAUGUUGUGAUUGAAGAUCAAGGGAUUGAGUUUUUUAAGUCAUUGAUGGAGAUUAUGUCUGAUGAAAUAUGUAGCAAGGCUAGUUCUUGUGCAUUACAAGUCUUGAUAGACAUACUCGAAAAAUCGAAAAAAUCAAGAUUGAAAGCAAUUGAGGCUGGAGCUAUGUGUACAUUGAUUGAGAUUCUACCUGAUUCAAGCAAAUCAAAGAGUGAGAAGAUAAUGUAUUUGAUCAAAAUGAUGUGUGAAUGUGCUGAUGGAAGAAUGGGAUUUAUUGAACAUGGUUUAGGUGUUGCAGCCAUAACUAAAAAAAUGUUGAACAUUUCAAAUGUUGGCACAAAAAUUGGUGUGAAAAUAAUUUCAUUGAUUUGCAAUUCUCAUCCCACUGAUAAAGUUUUGGAUGAUUUGUUGAUGUAUGGAUCAGUGAAAAAAUUGGUGGCUUUGUUACAUAUUGGUGGAUCUUCAACAACAAAGGAAAGAGUAAUCAAGAUAUUAAAAUUACAUGGUGAUAAAUGGAAAAAAAAUCCAUGUUUUCCUUAUGAGUUAAAAAAUUAUUUGGGGUUGGAAAGUGAUUCUUUGUAAAGUUAUGGGGUUCAAAAAGGAAGUAAUGUGAAAGUUGAGAUACUUGUAAAGAAAAAAAAAUUGAUGAAAUAGAAGAAAAUGAAUUUGUUAGGUUAAUUAUGUCCAAAGGGUGUUGAAUUAACAUUUGAUUUUUUUUUUUUGUAAAUCUUGUUGGGUAUUGCCAAUUUGUUUAACGGUAAUUAUCACCAAUAGUCUUAUUCUUUUGAUGUAAUUUUGAUAUAUUUCAUAUGGAUGUCAUGUCUUGGAAGAAACCAAUGCUUAUACAAAUUUUAUUUUGCUUCAA